AUGACUAGACAACCAUGGUUCGAACUCGCGGCCGUCUGCUUGCUGGUGGCCGCCUCAGGUUCGCUGCAGCCUGCAAACGCCGCCCGCGUGCUAGCCGUAGAAACGGUGGCUGCCAAGAGCCACUGGAACUUCAUGAGGGGCGUACUGCACGCCCUAGCGGCCCGCGGUCACCUGGUGAAGGUUUACACGCCAUUCCCGGAUCCUGGGACGCCGGCCACCGUCGGCUAUACGGAAGUAGAUAUGUCCGCCGAAUUCCAAGGCGACGACACGGACCCCACCACGACGGCCGUCAACAUGGACGCCUCCGUAGUGUUGCCGCUAUUCGCCCGGCCGUCGUUUAUAGUGCCGUUCAUAGCCAAUGCCAGCCGCUCCGUGUGCGACAUCAUGAACCGGUUGUUACAACGGGACGUCGGCGUUUACGACCUGUUCGUUACGGAACCAUUUAGCAGCGAGUGUGUGUCGCACGCGGCUCGCCGUCUCGGCGUUCCGCUCGUUUACGUCGUGCCCGCGCCGCUUCUGCCCUGGAUUGAGACUGCCGCGUUUGGUCACUACGGAAACCCGGCAGUCGUGCCGCAUUUGUUCGCCUCGUACGCCGUGCCCAACACUUUCUACCAACGGGUCAAUAACGUGGCCAUGUAUCUGUACACCAUCUACGUGAACUACCGGUACACGUUGGCCGCGGCAGCCGCGGAACAACGGCCCUACGACAUUGCACCACCCGUUAAACCGGCACUGGUGUUCGUCAACACGCACUACGUUACCGAACCACCGAGACCAGUGCCGGCGAACCGCGUGGACGUCGGUGGUAUUCAUUUGGUCGCUCCCCAACCGCUACCGGCCGAUAUUUUACAAUUUAUUGAGGAAUCACCAAAUGGAGUUAUCUUCUUUACAUUCGGUACUGUAGUCGCAUUGUCAACAUUACCGGACCAUAUUCAAAUUGCUUUCAAAAACGCAUUAGCUGAAGUUCCACAAAGAGUGUUGUUGAAAUAUGAAGGAGAAAUGACGGAUAAACCAAAAAACGUGAUGACAAGCAAAUGGUUUCCCCAACGAGAUAUACUGAAGCAUCCAAAUGUAAAGUUAUUCAUCGGUCAUGGAGGUAUCUCAGGAGUCUACGAGGCUGUGGACGCUGGUGUCCCAAUCCUAGGAUUUCCUUUGUUCUAUGAUCAACCAAGAAACAUGGCAAAUUUGGUUGACGCAGGUAUGGCGUUGUCAAUGGACUUGUUUUCAGUAACAAAAGAUACAAUUGUAAAGGCUAUAAAUGAAAUUGUCAACAAUGAAACGUACUCAAAAAAUGCUAAAAAAACAUCGGAACUGUUUAAAGAUCGACCAAUGACACCUGCCGAAUCGGUUGUUUACUGGACGGAAUACGUUAUUCGUCACAAAGGUGCACCGCACUUGAGAUCUCACGCACUUAAUUUGACAUGGUAUCAAUAUUUUUUGCUGGAUAUUAUAGCAGUUGUAUUAUUAGUUAUUGUAUCAGUUUGCUACAUCGCAUUCAAAACAUUAAAGUUGAUAAAAAGACUUAUUUUUAAAUUAUCUUCAAAAUCGAAAUCAAAACCGGAUUAA